AUGGACAAUAUCGGACUACCACCGCCCCCUCCACCUCCUGCAGAUGACAUCCCUCCACCUCCACCUAGCUUCGAUAGUGCGCCCCCUCCCCCUCCACCACCUCCAAGCGAUGCCAUACCACCACCACCUCCUCCACCUGUGAAGAAGGCGCCGGUGGCACCGAAGAAGACACCGCUUUCUGUUGAAGAUUUGCUACGGAAGAAGAAAGCUGCUGAUGAAGCGGCAAAGAAACCUAAAUUCCUCUCCAAAGCCGAAAGAGAAGCCCUGGCACUAGAACGACGCGCCAAAGAAGUCGAAGCAAAACGACAAGCAGAGGAAGAAAGUCGUAAAGCCUCAUUACCCCCUCCACCAACAGCGCCAUCACGUCAAAAUGGCCACCAUACAAAUGGAAUCCCAAAUGGUCCUCGACACCCUCCAUCAGGCCCACGAAGUCACAGAGAAAGGGAACGAGAAAGAGGAGACCAUAGAGAUCCACCGACUGGUCCGGCGUCAAUGCGGAAUGAGAAAUUCCCGAUGGCCCCGCCACCUCCACCACCGAGUAAAUCGUCGCAAGCUGAUCGGAAACGUGAUGCAGAGGAGGAUGCAGAGGCAAAGGUUAUUCGAUUACGAUACAUGGGCGCCGAUCUCGAUUCCAAUAGUUUGAAUAAGAAGAAGAGGAGAAAGACAUCAGAGCGAAAGUUUACAUUUGAAUGGGGUGCAGAGGAGGAUACAUCUCAAGAUUACAAUCCGAUCUAUGCGAACAGAUCUGAGGCCAAGUUCUUCGGUAGGGGCAGGCUAGGAGGUUUCGCUGAGACGGAUAGAUCGACAAAGCAGUAUGCUGCAGCUUUAGAAAGCCGUGGCGACGCCGAAGAGCGAAGACGAGCGAGAGAAUUGGUAGAAAUGGAUAGGAAGAAGCGAGAGAACUUGAGUUGGAGCGACAAACAUUGGAGCGAAAAGCCGUUGGAUAUGAUGAAGGAAAGAGACUGGCGUAUCUUCAAAGAAGAUUUCAAUAUCUCCACCAAGGGCGGCGGAAUCCCUAAUCCCAUGCGCUCCUGGAAGGAGUCGUCUCUCCCUCAAGUCCUGCUCGACGUAAUCCACAGCGUCGGCUACAAAGACCCCUCCCCAAUCCAACGUGCAGCCAUCCCAAUCGCCCUUCGUUCCCGAGACGUAAUUGGUGUCGCCGUUACUGGUUCCGGUAAAACAGCAUCCUUCAUUCUCCCAUUACUAGUCUACAUCAAAGAUCUCCCUCCUCUCGACAAUAUCACGAAACAUGAUGGUCCUUACGCCAUGAUCCUCGCGCCAACUCGUGAACUUGCCCAGCAAAUCGAAGUCGAAGCCGCGAAAUUCGCAGAUCCGCUUAAUUUCCGAUGUGUGAGUAUCGUCGGUGGACACAGUAUCGAAGAACAAAGUUACUCGCUGAAGGACGGCGCGGAAAUUGUUAUCGCUACACCCGGUAGAUUGCUCGACUGUCUCGAACGUCGAGUGCUCGUAUUGUCGCAAUGUUGCUACGUGAUUAUGGACGAAGCAGACCGAAUGAUAGAUCUCGGGUUCGAGGAUCCUGUCAAUAGAAUUCUGGAGUCCUUACCGGUAUCAAAUGUUAAACCCGAUACGGAGGACGCAGAGAACCCGGUCGAGAUGUCAAAGAUCAUUGGUGGUAAAGAAAGAUACAGACAGACAAUGAUGUACACAGCUACUAUGCCUCCGGCGAUUGAACGUAUAGCACGAAAAUAUCUUCGCAGGCCUGCUAUAGUUACUAUUGGUAACGCAGGAGAAGCUGUGGAUACAGUUGAACAACGGGUAGAAUUUGUCGCUGGCGAAGACAGAAGGAAGAAGAGGCUCCUCGAGAUUCUUAACUCAGCAAUGUAUGCACCCCCUAUUAUCGUAUUCGUCAACAUCAAGCGCAAUUGCGACAUGGUGGCUAGGGAUUUGAAACAUGCUGGUUGGACGGCAGUUACAUUGCAUGGUUCCAAGAGUCAGGAACAGCGUGAGGCGGCUCUACAACAGUUACGGCAGCACCAAGCGGAUGUCCUCGUUGCUACUGAUUUGGCAGGUAGAGGUAUCGAUGUCCCCGAUGUUAGUUUGGUAGUGAACUUUAACAUGGCGACGAACAUUGAGAGUUAUACCCACAGAAUUGGUAGAACGGGUAGAGCUGGAAAGAGCGGUGUGGCGAUUACGUUCUUGGGAUCGGAAGACAACGAUGUGAUGUAUGAUUUGAAGCAGAUGCUCCAGAAGAGCUCGAUCAGCAAAUUACCAGAUGAGUUGCGACGACACGAGGCGGCACAACAAAGAAGUCAGAGGAGUAUGACGAUGAGGUCAAAGCCAACUAAGGAUAAAGAAGGAGAUGUUGAUAUGCCAUUGAUGAGGGACGCCGCAACAGGAAGAGCCUGGGGGACAUGA